CUGCCGGCCCUGUCCCCCACCAUGCAGAUGGGCACCAUCGCGCGCUGGGAGAAGAAGGAGGGCGAGCGCAUCGGCGAGGGCGAGCUCAUCGCGGAGGUGGAGACGGACAAGGCCACGGUUGGCUUCGAGAGCGUGGAGGACUGUUACUUGGCCAAGAUCCUGGUGCCGGAAGGAACGAGGGAUGUUCCCAUUGGGGCCAUAAUAUGUAUCACAGUUGAAAAGCCUGAACACGUUGAUGCCUUUAAAAACUACACGCUGGAUCCUGCAGCAUCUGCCCCCGCUACAGCAGCAGUGCCUCCCCCUCCCGCUGCAGCGCCCUCGCCACCGUCUCAGCCUUCUCCUCAGCCUCCUGGCAGCUCUUACCCACCUCACAUGCAGGUCACUCUCCCGGCUCUUUCACCCACCAUGACGAUGGGCACAGUGCAGAGGUGGGAGAAGAAGGUUGGGGAGAAACUGAACGAAGGAGACUUACUGGCAGAAAUUGAAACAGAUAAAGCCACAAUAGGCUUUGAGGUGCAGGAAGAAGGCUACUUGGCAAAAAUCCUGGUGCCUGAAGGAACAAGGGAUGUGCCACUCGGAACAGCUCUUUGCAUCAUUGUGGAGAAAGAGUCUGAUAUUCCAGCCUUUGCUGACUACCGGGAGACCGGAGUCGUUGACAUGAAGCCACAAGCUGCUGCUCCUCCUCCACCAGUGAUGGCAACUCCUGCUGCCCCUACUCCUCCGCAGCCUGCUGCCCCUCCUGCUCCAGCGGUGGCGGCGGCUGUGCCUCCUUCCCAGAAAGGAAGGAUCCUAGUUAGUCCCCUGGCAAAGAAACUGGCAGCAGAAAAAGGAAUUGACCUCGCUCAGGUGAAAGGAACUGGACCAGAUGGUAGAAUCACGAAGAAAGAUGUAGAGUCAUUUGUGCCACCAAAAGCUGCCCCGGCCCCGGCGGCUGAGGCAGUACCUGCAGCUGCUGCAGUUGCAGCGGCACCUGUGGGGACCUUCACGGAUAUCCCUGUCAGCAACAUUCGGAGGGUCAUUGCUCAGCGGCUGAUGCAGUCUAAGCAAACAGUCCCUCACUACUACCUGUCUAUCGAUGUAAACAUGGGAGAAGUUCUGGUGCUAAGAAAAGAACUCAAUCAGGUGGUCUCAGAUAACAUUAAGCUGUCUGUCAAUGACUUCAUAAUUAAAGCUUCAGCUCUGGCAUGCUUGAAGGUGCCCGAGGCUAAUUCUUCGUGGAUGGACACAGUUAUUAGGCAAAAUCAUGUAGUGGAUGUGAGUGUCGCAGUGAGUACUCCUGCGGGGCUUAUAACCCCUAUUGUGUUUAACGCACAUGUAAAGGGCCUGGCUUCCAUUAGCAAGGAUGUUGUCUCUUUGGCAACCAAAGCCCGAGAAGGUAAACUUCAGCCACACGAAUUCCAGGGUGGCACUUUCACAGUUUCCAAUUUAGGAAUGUAUGGGAUUAAGAAUUUCUCUGCCAUAAUCAAUCCCCCUCAAGCCUGCAUCCUUGCGGUUGGUUCCUCCGAGAAAAGGCUGGUGCCAGCAGACAAUGAGAAAGGAUUUGAUGUGGCCAGUGUAAUGUCCGUUACACUUAGCUGUGACCAUCGCGUCGUGGAUGGAGCAGUUGGAGCACAAUGGCUUGUAGAAUUCAAGAAUUUCCUUGAAAAACCAGUAACGAUGCUGCUAUAAUCUAACUAUGAGUUGAGAUGAGCUGGUAAAUGAAAUCUGCAAGGUAGUGGAAGGUGAAUUCUGUGGUUAGCCUGUGCUCCUGCUGGGGUGGGCAAGAACGACAUGCGCUAAGGCACGGAAGCCCUCGGGAAUAGUUUCUCAAAGGCCGAGUGUUAGCGUCCCAAGCCUCCUUGGGAAUUUGGCACUGGGCCUGACUUUCCCAGCGACGUGAUCCCUUUCGAGCACUUUAACGUAAGGUGAAAGACCACUGACAUCUCACCACAGGGAACACGCUCUCUCCUCGUGGACUUUCACUUACGUGUGCUUUUGUAUGAAAUCUCUUUUGCUUUCUCUUUCGCUAAGUUAGUCUCGGAGUAUGAUGUCAUGGAAGUAGCUGUUUUGCAGAAUGUUCAAGAGAAUCUGUGUGUUACAACCCUGUGUGAUACAACAAUCACACAUGCUAAUAAUCCCAUCAGUGGGAAGUAAUCAUGUGAUGACUCGAAUGUUUGGAAAAGAAAAUUCCUUUUCAGGCAUUCUUACAUAGGAAGCUCUGAGUCAGUCUCUGGUACUGCGGUUGUUUCAUGAAUUGUCUUACGUUGUCCCAGCCUCAGUAAACUGCAGAAUGUGCUAUCCAUGUAUAUACUGUAAGUAAAAUGCUUGAAUAGGUCAUUGGACUUGUGUCCACUUACCCCAGUCAUUGUAUCCCGAAAGGGGUACAGAGGUGAACAUUCUUAAAAUCCACUUUCCAAAUGGAAAUAUUAAUGUAAAAAGGAGGAUUGUGUAAUAAUUAUGAAGUGGACUGGAGAAUUAAAUAGGAGGGACAAGUUCAGAAAAAAAUCUGACCUGUUAUUCUGUAUAUUGCAUUAAGUACUGUCUCCUGUAAAGUUGUGGCACAAAAUUGACUA